AUGGCGUGUCAUGUGGGGCGCUGCGGCGGGCUGGUGGUGCGGCGCGCUGGCGGCGGCCGCGCUGCUGCUGCUACUGCUGGGAGCGCGCUGCCGCCGCGCCGCGACACGACGCAAGCUGCUGAGCGCAGGCCCGCGCCCCGCGACCCCGCCCCGCGCGUCCGCGCCGCAGCCGCGUCUGCUCGUGGCGCGCCGCCUGCGCCCCACCGAGCCGCAGCGCGCGCGCGCCUCGCUGUGCCGCGCCCCCGCCGACGCCCCCCCCCCGACCCCGCGCACGACCCCCCGCAGAUCGUCAUAGUCAGCAACCCCGCCCCGCCGGCCCCGCACACGCCCGCGCCUGCCCCCGCCCCCUCCGAGCUGAUCCCCAAGCUGCCGCUGCCGGAGCAGUGGCUCCACAAGCGCCUCGACUACAAGUACACUACCAUCCCCCGCCCCAUCAUCGCGGACCUGGGCGCAGACUUAUCCCAGGAGACCCGUGCCAAGAAGUUCAGUGCCACACGCUCGCCUUCACUGGAGAAAGACGACAAAUCCCCCUUUCUGCUGAGCGCUACUGCAAAGUCAGAUAAAGAAGUAUUCGGCUUCGAUAGCGAAGCUGUUGAAAAACUAAGUGAGAAGAUGAGUGAGAGGUCUCAAGAAGAAGAGGCGUCUCCCAGCAACCUGAGGCGGUUCCGGUCAGUGAGCACUCGGCUGAACAUGUGUAGUGUCAGUGAGGGCGCGCACCUCGAGGGACAGCAGGAGAGGCUGGAGAUGCAGAACUCCCCGCGAGUGUUAGAGUGCAGCUCAGCCAAAGAAAAGUCUUCAGCUCCUAAGUUCGACUUCUCCCCGAAGCUGCUCGCGGAGACGAUGGCCUCACCAAGAUUCUUCACUCCUCCAGAGACGGUGUCCCCGAUGUUUUUCCCGGAACCUUCGCCUAAAUCAGUGUACUACGAUACAGUGCGGUCUCCCAAGUUCUUUCCGGAGACUCCGCGCGACGCCGAAGUGCCGCAGUCCCCGCGUGCACUCGGAGACCAUCUCAACAGAAACGGAGUCACGGAGAAGCCGUGCUCCCCGCGCGUGUUGAACCGACCUAGUCCCAAAGUACAUAGUUAUAACAAAGAGAACUACUUCACCUUCGAACAAUCAUGUUUAGAGGAUAAAUCACUGCCGCGACCGAGGAGGUAUGGCGGCAGGAACUCUAUAGAGAAGGAACGUUUCACUCCUCCCGCAGACAAGGAGGUCAGGAGGUACCGGAGACAUCACAGCUGCGAGGCCAACUACAAGACUAUAGAACUGAAUAUCACCAAGUGUGAGGAUAACAAGGAGGCAGAGACAAAACUGGGAGAGGACGUCACCGACUGCUGUAUCAAGAUGGACACGCUAGAUAUUGAACCGAAAGUUCCAGAAGAGCCUGAAGUAUCUCCCAGCCCGUCAAACUCCGCACAAGCGAGGCGACAGAGACUUAAAUCGAUAUCUUUAGACUCUGACAACGCGAAGAUAAUAGAACAGAACCUUGGUCUGCCCAUAGCGAAGCAGAUGAAGGAUCAGAUGAAUGAGGCCUAUAAGAAUCAAGAGACCAGCACCUCAUGUGAGAGCAUGGAGAGGCAUCACGCACAAAAGACUCCCCCUAGCGAGAGACCUAUGUUCAAAUUCGAAGACGAUACGAAGGAUAAAGUGGUAGAAAGAGAGACAGAGGAACCGAAGUCUCCCGACGUGAAGCAGAAGAAAUCUCUACGCCAAAGCUCCGACACACAGUCCUUCCUCGACAUGCCACGAUUUUCUCCGAAAGAAUUCGAAAUCACGGUGACGUCUGAAGAGGGCGCCACUGUAACCGCCGAAACACAAACGAAGAAGAAGGGAAAGAAUCUACGAAACUUAAGAAUCGACCUCACGAAACGAGACAGCGAUUUGGAGAAGGAACUUUUGGAAUUUGAAAAGUUGUAUACUGACGCUGAGGAGAAGAAAGUGAAAACUCCCACUUUAAAAGUAAAGGCUACUUCUUUGGACUCCUCGGAAAGUGUGAACCUCUCACUACCUCAGAAGAAGACCCUGGAGGUCCCUCAGAACUCUGUGUCCAUGCCGAACACUCCCAAACGCCAGAUUAAAAGGAUUCUAGCGCAUAAGAACAUCAAACAUGACGUUGUUGGUGCUAAACUUGGGUACAACUCCUUACAGUCCAACGCAGAACAGCGCAGACUGUACAUGAAAGGCCAGGAUAGUGGGAUCUACCUGCGAGAGAACCAUGCAACCCUGAUGCUGUACCAGCCCGGUACUUCUCGCAUGGGUUCCCGAACCAUGGGAUCCUUUGAUGAGAACAUGGCUGACUUAGAGAACACGCCAGAAAUUAACAUAUCGGGCGCAGAUAGCCGGACGUAUGUGGUUGAUUCAGGAGCUACUCUUGGUUCCAAUUUACUUAAUUAUAAACAAAAUCUUAGUGUUUCAAGCACUAAUCUGAAGACUUUACCUGAAGGUGUACCUUCAGAUGACUUUGAGCUCAGCGCUGAGGAUGAGAAGAUGACGAAGAAGUUACAUAGGAGGAAUUCCAACCAGAGCUUAAUGUUGAGUACUCAUAGCUUGCAGAGCUCGAACUGUUCUUUGAGCAGUGCUGGUGCCUCCUGUCACAACCUAGCUGCAGUCAGGACCAGUGUCUCAAACUUUAGCCUUAAUUCUGAUAGUAGACAGAAGAAACUCAGCCUAGAUCGACGAGACUCCAACAGCUCUUUGGCCACAGACCAUCUCACACCCACCACAAGAGUUAUAUGCUCCUCCAACUCCAACGUAUCAGGUGAAGUCACGAGGAACUGCCUCCUCCAGCGUCGUGGCUCCAAUAACAGCCUGACUUUAAACAUCCUCUCCUCGAAUAACCUCAGCCGUCACUCCAGCAAUAGUUCCCUCAAUAAGGACGCCAAACCACACCAGAAAAAGGGCCUUCUGGAACGCAGAAGUUCGAAUACUUCCCUAACUUUGAAUAUCAAUCAGUCAAAUCCUCAGUUAUCAGUGAACAGAGGUCUCAGUGUGUCUAAUUACAACUUAAACGGGUCUAGUUGCAACUUAAGUAGGUACAAUAGCAAUAUAAGUAUAGACAAUCCUACUGCAGAGCCUAGAAAGGGGAUCUUAGAGAGACGCAGCUCCAACACCUCCCUUACUCUAAACAUCCAACCGCGGGAAGAGCCGCGCGACCUUGAAAUAGACGAGACCUUAAUAGACACCAAUUUGAAAGACCUACCACACCGAGAUAAGCACAGAAAGUCCCUAAGUACAGAGAAUUUAAUACCGAGGUCAUACAAGAACCGGACAAGACUGCGGUCAACUGACAAAGGUGUAGGUUUUGGUUCUCAUGAUAACCUCUGGUCUACUUCGUACUCCGACCAGGAGUACCCCCAAAAUCUAACCUUUGUUUGUGGAGACCAAGAGAAUGAGAUCAUCUAUGCCUUCGGAAGACAGGAUGAGCCAAAUUAUCAACAAGGCUUCACUCGAAAUAUAACCACGAAACCGCUAAGUCCUCAAAGCACUUCUGAAGAUUUCAGACUAUAUCUAGCUAAUAUGCAGCAUUUACAAAACGCGUCUAGCGUCCUCACCAGACAGAAUCUUAGGGACUUGAACGAUGUAUUCCAAAAUGGGUACUCUAAAGUCAAAUGCCACAUACCUGGCGAAGGUCAGCAUUGCUGUUCAGGGAGGGUGGAAGACCUUGGGAAGCAAAACCCUCAAACUGUGAUACCGGAGCCAGUGGUCUCCCAACCCUGCUCGGAGUACCAGAAGAUGCUGCUCCGAAAUCUUCAUCAGGAGUUCUGGGAUAUGCCGACGAAUUUCCAGGAGAAGCCGUUGGUGUCUGGCUCCCAUACGAAGAAUAGAUAUAAGACAAUAUUGCCUAACGAGCACUCUCGCGUUAUACUGAGGCCGGAGCGAGGCGCCCCUGAGGGAUAUAUUAAUGCCAAUUAUAUAAAGGGCCACGAGUACACGCGCAACACCUACAUAGCCACCCAGGGCCCUCUCCAGAACACCCUCCACGACUUCUGGAGAAUGCUCCACCAGAACCAAUCACCAAUCUCCGACCAGCCUCUAUCCCCACAAAAGGUGGUGAUGCUCACCAACUUUGUAGAAAACAAUCGACACAAAUGCGAGAGGUACUUCCCUCUGGAACCCGGAGAGGAACUCACCGUACCCAACCCAGAACGACCGGAUGAUAUCAGUGAUGUGUUUAUAGUGAAAAAUUGUGGACUACUCCGGAAACCUGGAUACACAAUCAGACAUUUACAACUUUCAUAUAGUGACAGUGACAGUGCAGUGACCGUAUACCAUUACUGGUUCCAUAAUUGGGCCGACCACAAGUGCCCUAAAGAUGUGACCGCUCUCCUUAACCUCAGUUUGGACGUCCUUGGAGGGACGGAGUAUGACUUCAGUACGGACAGUGAUAGUGUGUGUCAGUGUGAUACUCCGAAGAGGGAUGUGGACAGGUUUGUGUUCCCUCCGGAGGAGGCUCAGUGUAUGGAGGGUAUCGGAGUGCCUGUUGUAGUUCAUUGUUCCGCUGGGAUCGGUCGUACGGGGUGUCUGUUGGCUAUCUUGAAUGGUAUCAAGCAGUUGAUGGCUGAGAAUAAAGUGGAUGUGUUGUCUAUUGUAUGCAACAUGCGUCUGAACCGAGGUGGGAUGGUCCAGAACUCGGAGCAGUACGAGUUGAUUCAUAAAGUGUUGUGUCUUUAUGAACAGACAUGCUUACCUUUAUAG